UGCCGUGCAUGCGUCAGCUUUUGCGACUGUGGCGCAGCACCAACUGCCGCCGGCCGGUGACGCGGUCUUGACACCCACGGCGUAGACGAUACUAAGCUCAUUCCGCAUGGCAUGAGGUCCACGUAUUUAUAAGUCUCCAUUCCCUUGCUGUUGUCUUACUGUAUUUCUCUUGCUGUAUAUCAAGCCACUAAACCCGGGACCGCAUCGCCUAACCGUUCCAACUACCCGGUCAUGCCAGACGUCCAUCUGCUUGUCCUUAUCCAUGGAAUGUGGGGAAAUCCCUCUCACCUUGCUCAUGCGAAAAAAAUCAUCCAAGAGGUGAAGGGCGAAGUCGAAGACAGCAACAUCAAGCUUGAAGUUCUUGUCGCUGAGACCAAUAAGGAUGAAUCCACAUAUGACGGAAUCGACUGGGGAGGUGAAAGAGUGGCCGAAGAGAUUCGACAGAAAACCGCGGACCUGGAGAAGGAAGGUCGGAAGGUGACUCGCUUCUCGGUCACCGGUUAUAGUCUUGGCGGCCUGGUUGCCCGCUAUGUCAUUGGUGUCCUUCACCAGUCGAAGUUUUUCGAGACGGUGCAACCAGUGAAUUUUAACACGUUGACUACCCCACACAUCGGCAUACCCAGGUUCUCUUCAACAUUCUCCUCGAUAUCCGCAUUUCUGGGACCAAAGCUUCUUUCCCGUUCGGGCGAGCAGUUCUUCUGCGUCGAUAAAUGGUCUCCACGAGGAAGGCCACUUAUAGAGGUGCUUGCUGAUCCUGAUCGCAUCUUUUAUCAAGCAUUGCUAUUAUUUCCCAAUAUUAGAAUUUAUGCCAAUGCCAUCAAUGACUUGACUGUACCAUACGUCACUUCCAGCAUCAGCGCCGAAGACCCCUUCGGCGAGUACGAGAAGAACGGGAUCAAAAUUGAUUUUGACGAGAAGUACAAAAACGUCAUCAAAUCUUAUUCGGUGCCUCCUUUAUCGUCUGUGACCGCGGCAGAGCCGCGAAGCUGGUUUUCGACUAUCCGUAACUCGCGCCCGUUAUUACCUCCCCUUUUCCAAAGAAACUUUCCUUUGAACUUGGCCAUCUAUACCCUCCUACCAAUCCUCUUCCCGACGUUUAUCUGCCUUGCUCUCAUCCGCCUAUCGUUUCAGUCGCACCAGUCUCGUGGUCGACUAAGGCACCUUGAAGCGGAUUCAGCCCGAGACAAACUUAUUCACAUCAUCGGGAAACUGGAGAGCGAGCUUGAAAGCGUCGCAGUUGAUUUAUACGAUGAUCCCGCUGGCACUCCCAUCGCUGCAUCGCCGAUACCUGAUACUGACCCUGCUGAUAAGACCAACUCCGCUGCGCCUACGAAAGGAAAAGAAAAGAAGUCACGAUCAAAGCCGCCUCCAUACCAACCUUUGUUGACACCCGGUCAACUUCAGUGCAUAGAGACUCUCAACAAGAUACCGCAGUUGAAGAAAGAGCGAGCUUUCUUUGAGGGUGUACGCAAUUCUCAUGCAAUAAUAGUCUGUCGUGACCCCAAGUUGUUCAAGCAUCAUUUAGAGGGCGAGGGCGUGUUACGACAUUGGGCGGAUCACUUCGAGCUGUAGCUUUUAUUGUGUUCUCGUUGUAUUGGUUACUUAUAAGUUACAGGUAGAGGGCAUUUACAGAGACAAUACUAUCGACUUAAUAGAUUUACGCUCGUGAUGGUGCGUCACAGCAUGCUGUUGUUCGGGAGCUUUUAAUUUUAUAAUUCUUUGUCUUGUGACUU